AUGGACGACACUCUUUUCAACUCUUUCGAUUCGAUGCUACAUCAACAGUUGAAACCGAUAUGGGGUGAUAUCAACAAGCAAACCAAACAAACCAUUGGCAACAUCAAAGUGCUGCGGACACUUUCAACAUCGCUUCUCGCCUACGAUUGUAUCACCUUUUUGAAACUAUUGGAAUCAGUUGCCAUAACCGAAGCUGAAGAUGAAAACAGUUGGAUUCACACUGAAACAGCAAACACUCUAUUUCGACAUGCAAGAGAACGUGUAUAUAUACAAACUAAACUUAAUUUAAACAAAAAAGAUAAAGAUAAAGAUAAUCAUAGUCCUAAUAAGAAACAGAAAACAACAAAAGAUAAUAAAGAUAAAGAUAAAGAUGAUAAUAAUAAUAAUAGUGAAGAUGAAUCAACAACAUCAACAAAAAAUAAUAAUAGUGACAACAAUGAUAAUAAUAAUAAACAAUCACAGAAUAUAUUUAAAAGAGAAUUAAUAUUAGAAGAGAAUCCAAAAUGGAAUCUAUUACUUCAGGUAUUGGAGGAGAUAGAGGAUAUCAAUAGAAAACGAAUGGAUGAACCUGAAAAUGUUUUGGUAAUCGUUAAGGAUGAGAGAACCUGUCAGCAACUACAAGACUAUUUGAAUAUUGGUGGAUAUGAUAUGUUGUCGAAUCGAUAUGAUAGAUUAUAUCCACCAGAUCGUCCAACAACAAUGCCACCACAGCAACAUCAAAACAAUCGAUUCAAGUAUAAGAAGAAUAAUAGUAAUGGAUCCACGAGUAAUAGUAAUAGAUUCUCUUAUCGAAGCAAACAGAUCAAUCAAUCCAAUCGAAAGCAAAAGAUAUCGGAAACCAACUAUAGAAAGAAAGUAGAAAAAGACAGUGCCGGUAACUCUUUGUUUUCCAUGGGCGUUUCAGUGAUUAGCAAUGGCGGUAACAUGUUCAUUCCGAAUCCAAAAAUCAUAUCCGAUACCGUUGCAGACUAUGAACUUGAGAAUAACUUCAAUGCCGAUGACCUGAUGGAUUUCUAUGGUAUACUUCACUCACCGCAUGUAGUCAUUCAUCCAUUGGACCAAUCACUAUCCAUCCUCAAUGAGCUACGCCCACGUUUCAUUGUUAUAUAUGAUCUCGAGAUAAGCAUCACCCGUCAGAUUGAAGUGUAUCAAGCGGAAAACCCUGCCAUCCAAAUCGGUGUCUAUCUACUGUUCUAUGGAGAGUCAACAGAGGAGAGGAAAUACCUUUCGGUUCUCAAUCGUGAGAAAUCAUCAUUUGAGAAACUGAUUCGUGAGAAAGCAAACCUUGUUGUCGAUACUUCCACGCAUGUAGAUGCAGCCGAAGCCUAUAAAUUGCUGGAUCCCGAGAGUUCGACAAGAGUGGACUCGAGAUAUGGUGGUAUUGUGCGUCGAUCCCUCAUCCCCACGACCAAUCCCAAGAUAAUAGUCGACUCUCACGAGUUUAAGAGUUCUCUGCCGGUGGCACUUCAUGGUGCUGGCUAUGAAAUCAUUCCAAAGCGUUUGACAGUUGCUGACUAUGUAAUCACUCCGACACUCGCCGCCGAGAGAAAGUCCGUUCCCGAUUUGAUUGGUUCGUUCCAAUCCGGUCGUCUCUACGCACAAAUCGAAGCAAUGGGGCGUAUCUAUAGGAAUCCACUGCUACUCAUUGAAUAUGAUAUUCAACAACCAUUCAUCUCACUCAUUUCACCUGAAGAACUGGCGUAUACAACAUACCCUCGAUUCACUCUUUCUUCAAAACUCAUUAUGCUAUGCCGAUCAUUCCCGAAACUCCGAGUGCUUUGGUCGCGAUCCGCUCACUCCACAGUCAACAUUUUCCGUCGACUGAAAGAACUCCAACCGGAACCCGAUCCUCAGAACAUCGAUGAAUUGACUGAGGAAAGUGUCGCUGGCAAUGGAGAGGAUUCCGAAUACAACUAUGGUCCACAAGAUGUACUGAGAAAACUUCCUGGCAUUACAGAUCUCAAUAUUAAGCGUGUGAUGGAUGGUGUCCAAGACCUGCAUGAACUCUCCAAAAAGUCGCAAGAAGAUCUUCAACAACUGUUGGGGUCGGAAGAGGAGGCCAAACAACUCUUUGAUUUCUUUAACUUUACGAUUAACGACGCUAAAUCCCAAGCGUCAUCAAGCAACAGCUCGUUCACCUCCUCCAAACCAUAUUACAACAACAACAACAACAACAGAAAAAGAGCAUCCUCAUAA